AUGGCUACGCGAACUGCCUUCGUUUGUGGCGUGACUGGCACGCAGGGCGGCGCCGUGGCCAGCCAACUUAGAGCGCUUGGAUGGGGCGUACACGCUGCAACGCGAGAUGACAAGUCGAUUGAAGCCAAGUCUCUGGUUUCUAUCGGGGUCAAGCUUACGGACGGCUCGUGGGAAGGCGAGUCGGUCGAACUCGCCCGUCGCAUUCUGCGCAUCGCCAAAUAUUUUGGUAUUAAACACGCCAUCUUCUCGGGGUCCCUAGACCUCCUAGCGAUUCUAGGCUUUGAUCAAACCUCAUUCGUCGUUCCAUUCUUCCAAGCUAAACUAGACAUUGAGAAGGAACUCCAACGCUCGGGUCUCGAUUUCUGGACCAUCCUUCGCCCGGCAUUCUCCAUGGCCAACUUCCUGCCGCCCAAAGUAAACUUCCAAUACGGAAACGCCACAGACACUGGCGUCUUUCCCUCGGGAUACAACGCAGACACACCAAUCCCAGUCGUCGACCACCAAGACAUGGCCGCAUUUGCGGCUGCCGCUUUCCAGAACCCCGAGACUUUCUAGAACCCUGAAACUUUCCACCCCAAGACGAUUGACUUGGCUGGCCAUGUCAUUCCAUUCGGCCAAGUCCUGGAGUUGCUCUCGUCUACAGCGGGACGCCGCCUUGUCGGAAAGUACUUUUCGGAUGCAGCUUAACCAGGCUCUCGCCGAAGGCAAACCUUUCCCCAAGAUGCAGGCCUACGGUCGUAGUGUAGCACAACUAGUUGAUCUAGGUCAGGCAAAGGUCUG